CCCUUCUGCGGGGCUGGCUGAGUCGCGGCCCGCACUAGGGGGCGUGGCUCCUGCCUCUCAGGCCACGCAGCUUCCCUCCCUCCGUCGUACUCUGACACCCGCAGGACGUGCUAGCGUCUGGGCCAUGAAACGGCAGCGUGCGGGUCUCUAUCCGUGAAACUACGCCGAAAGAUCGCUUCGGAUCUCCUGCGCCUAUUACCAUCUGCCUGCGUGAAGUUACCCAGCACUGCGCUAACUAGAGUUGGCAUCGCGGAACGGAGCUGUCAGAUCGCAGGCAGCCGCGACAACGCAAGGCUGACGCCCGGAUCGGUAUGAUGAGCAUCAGGAGGACCCGCUCGGGCCAGGGGGGGCAAUGCGAGCUGCCCCAGGGCCUGGGGGUACACAUCCUCCUGCUGUGGAGCAAGGAGGGGGAGCGCUACCUUUCCCACAAGGAUGGGGAGGUGACGGCGGAGGAGCUGUCCAUCUGGGCGGCACAGAGCGUCGGUAUUACACCCAUGUGCUACAGUUUGUUUGCCCUGUACAACCCCGCUUCCUGCUGUUGGUACAGCCCAAACCACUCCUUCACCACAGAUCAGCAACCUGGUCUUGUUCUUCAUUUUCGCAUGAGGUUCUACUUCCGCAACUGGCAUGGCAUGAGUGAAAAGGAUGAGCCAGUGUUCCGGUAUUCUCCACGCGCCACGGAGGGCCGUUCAGUGCAUCGCGGGCCCGACAUCCCGGGGACACCGCUGCUGGAGCAGCCCUCGCUCGAGUACCUGUUUGCUCAGGCCAAGUUCGACUUUGUAAAUGAUGUGGCACCUCUGCAUGACACCUGCGGGGAGAUGGAGGUCAGCCGCUUCAAGAACGAGAGCCUGGGAAUGGCCGUGCUGCACCUAUCCCAUCAGGCCCUGUACCAGAACUGCACGCUGCAGGAGGCUGCCAAGAAGACCAGCUACCUGCACUGCAUUCCACGAUCCUUCGCCCGGCAGAUCAAGUGCGAUAACAUCCUGACCAAGGUGCGCAUCCGCCGCGUCUUCAGCCAGUUCGUGCAGAGCUUCCAGCUGCACACGGUGGGUGCCGGCCGCCUCGGCCUGCAGGACGUCAUGUACAAGUACGUGGCCACGCUGGAGAACCUGGCACCGCGCUUCGGCGUGGAGACCUUCUCCGCCACGCGUCUCCUCGUGCUGUCUGAAGGCGGCAGCGGCAGCUCUGUCAGCACCACCUCCGGGUCGGCCGACGGCAAGAACAGCCCCGUCACCCACGAGGUCAUGGUGUCCGGUAUUGGAGGCAUCCAGUGGAGAACAGUCCAGGGAAACCAGACCCAGGAGACUAGUUGCCAUGGCAAUGAUUACUGUGGUCGAAAAAAGAAGGGGAAAUCCCACAUCCCUGCCCCCCCCAAGACCUGGACCAUCUUCUGCGACUUCCCUGAAAUCUCCCACAUUGUCAUCACCGGCAACUGCGUCUGCAUCAGUCGCCAGGACAACUUUGCCAUGGAGGUAAGCCUCAGGUCCAGCCUGGAGGCCCAGUCCUUUGUCUCCCUGCUGGAUGGAUACUUCCGGCUCACAGCUGACGCCCAUCACUACCUGUGCCAUGAGGUGGCUCCACCACGCCUAGUCAUGAGCACGGUCAACGGGCUGCACGGACCCAUGCAGGAAGAAUUUGCACUGCAGAAGCUGCGGAAGGAAGGCCUGGAAGAGGGCAUGUUCCUGGUGCGCUGGAGCAUCCUGGACUAUCACCGCAUUAUCCUGACUGUGCUCACCAAGCUCCAGCAGAACGGGACGAGUCCCACCCACAGGCAGUUUCGGAUCCACCAGAAGGGGGCAGUCUUCAUCCUGGAGGGCUGGGAUCGGGAGUUUGCCUCCAUCCGGGAUCUGACAGACAGUCUGAAGUGCUGCACGCUCCGGUCUGGCAGCCACAACUUCACCAUCAAGCGGUGUUGCCUGCCCCGGCCGGGAGAACUCUCGAACCUUCUGGUCAUGAGGAAGCAGACAAACUCCACCUCAAACUUCUCCUUGAACCUCAGCCAGCUGCGCUUUCACCAGAUUCGGGAUGGGGAACUCACGCAGGACCAACAUCUCGGCCGUGGCACUUGGACCAACAUCUACUCGGGGUGGUUAUACCCACGUGGUGGCUUAGAGGACGACGAAAACGACUCCUAUGGGUGCACCGACAGCAAGGGCAUCCGCGUGGUGCUGAAAAUGCUGGACCAGAGUCACCGGGACAUCGCCCUGGCGUUCUUUGAGACUGCCAGCCUCAUGAGUCAGGUGUCACACAGUCACCUGGUCUUUGUCCAUGGUGUCUCAGUGAAGGGAUCUGAGAACAUCAUGGUGGAGGAGUUUGUGGAGUUCGGGCCGCUGGAUGUCUUCCUGCGGAGGGAGAUGGGUGUGGUCACACCGCAGUGGAAGUUUACGGUGGCUAAACAGCUGGCCAGUGCCCUGAGUUACCUGGAAAGCAAGCACCUGGUGCAUGGUAACGUGUGCGCUAAGAACAUCCUGGUAGUACGGAAGGGGCUCGAGGAGGGAACCUCGCCCUUCAUCAAGCUGAGCGACCCCGGCAUAUCUUUCAGUACACUCUCCAGGGAAGAGCGCGUGGAGCGUAUCCCCUGGAUCGCCCCCGAGUGUGUGCCCAGCGGAGCCAGGCCAGGCAGCACGGCUGACCAGUGGAGCUUCGGUGCUACCCUGCUGGAGAUCUGCAACGACGGCGACCUUCCCAUGAGCGAGAACACGCUCGCAGAGAAAGAGCGCUUCUACGAGACGCAGAGCCACCUCCCUGAGCCCUCCUCCCAGGAGCUGGCCAGCUUCAUCAGGAUGUGUCUAACCUACGACCCCACUGAGAGGCCGUCCUUCCGGGCCAUUCUACGCGAGCUGACGGAGCUGCAGCUUAAAAACCCAGACAUCUCCUCCAAGUGCGAGAGCCACCCAGGUGCUGACCCAAGCAUCUUCCUUAAACGCUACCUGAAGAAGAUCCGGGACCUGGGCGAGGGCCACUUCGGGAAGGUGAUGCUGUAUGUGUAUGACCCCGACAAUGACGGAACAGGCGAGUAUGUGGCGGUGAAAGCGUUGAAGCAGGAGGGAGGUGGACAGAAGCAUGACGGCUGGAGGAAGGAGAUCGACAUCUUGAAAUCGCUGUACCACGUCAACAUUGUCAAGUAUAAGGGCUGCUGCUCAGAGCUUGGUGGGCAGGUGCUACAGCUGAUCAUGGAGUACCUGCCUCUGGGCAGCUUGCGAGAUUAUUUGCCUAAACACAGAGUGGGUAUAGCCCAGAGCCUGCUCUUUGCAAAGCAGAUCUGCCAGGGCAUGGAUUACCUACAUUCAAAGAGGUACAUUCACAGGGACCUGGCUGCGAGGAACAUCCUCGUGGAGAACGAGAACGUGGUGAAGAUCGGCGACUUUGGGCUCAGCAAGUACCUCCCAGAGGGGGAGAUCUACUACCGAGUCCGAGAGGAUGGGGACAGCCCGGUAUUCUGGUACGCCAUCGAGUGCCUGAAGGAGAGCAAGUUCUCCUUCUCCUCGGACGUGUGGUCCUUUGGGGUGACGCUGUACGAACUGCUAACCCACUGUGAAUCCCGGCAAAGCCCUCCAACGAAAUUCUUUGAGAUGAUGGGAGUGGUCCAAGGUCAGAUGACAGUUAUGAGGCUGAUCGAGCUGCUGGAGAGACGCAGGCGGCUGCCCUGCCCACGGGACUGUCCCCCUGAGGUGUAUGGGCUGAUGGGCCAGUGCUGGGAUGUGGACCCCGCCCGGCGACCUUCCUUUGAAUCCCUCAACCUAUCCAUGGGCGAGAUCCGCAAGACAUACCAGCAUCAGCCGAUGAUCCGCCUCAACCAAAUCAACCAGUGCUGACCAUGUGUCUAGUUUGUCAACCAUCGUGAUUACUGCCGCAACCCUCUUAAAGUAGUACUUAACCCAACUGUGAAUACAUUUCUGCUCCGUGGAACUCUGUUGACCAGAUUCAUUUGACUGAUCUUGGCUAGCUGGUGAGGAGCUGAUGUAAACUCAACUGUGACCACACCUCCAAUCAACUAAACAAUGGACUGACUGGACUAAACCAUUGCGGCCUGUCAGAGUCGCCGUGCUGAACUGCUUAAGAUUCUGCAAAGGCACAAAGCACUAUGUCAAUAGUUAUUUACCUGGAAAAUUAGUUUUUCCUUUUCUUGUUCAAUUAAAGGCUAAAGCUAUAUAUUUCUUCCUAUCUUUAAUGUAAAUGUUAAUAAUUACUUGCACAUUACACUUAACUUUGCCAGCAGCUCUGGGUAGAAACCAAAGAUUGAUCUGACCCCAGCAGGAAGUGUUACUGUCAGUUAUAAAACUGAAUUAUUUUAAUCACU